AUUGUCAAUUAGUAUUAUCUUCACCAAUUUCUUCCUAUUCUGCCCAAUCAUGCCUUAAAGAUGAAAGCACUGCUCUUCUCCAACUUAAACAAGAAUUUUACUAUGAUGCCUCCGCUUCAAUAGACUGCAAACCUCCUCGUCCAAAAAUGGGUUCUUGGGAAGUGAGAUCAGAUUGUUGCUUUUGGGAUGGAGUUACUUGUGAUAAUGUCACAGGUUAUGUGAUUGGCCUUGACCUUAGUUGCAGUGGUCUUAAUGGCGAUUUAACAUCUAACAGCAGCCUCUUUAGUCUUUCAAACCUCCAAAGCUUAAACCUUGCUUUCAAUGAUUUUAGUAUUCCACCUGAAUUUGGUAGCUUUAAGAAAUUGACUUUUCUAAAUCUUUCUAGUACUUGGUUUUCUGGUCCUGUUCCAUUUCAAAUUUCUCACUUGUCCAAUUUGGUUUCACUAGAUUUGUCCUCCGAAAAUGAACCCUUGACACUUGAAACACCAACCAUGAAAACAACCAUGAAAAUGAUUCUUGAAAAUCUAACUCAAGUAAGAGAAGUUUUUCUUGAUUAUAUAGACAUGUCCUCUGUUGCCCUUAGUUCGUUGACAAAUCUUUCUUCCUCUUUAACAUCUCUCAGUCUUGUUUUGUGUAAAUUGCAAGGAGAAUUCCCGGAAUCCAUUUUUCGCCUACCAAACCUUCAGUUUCUAAAUCUAAUGUUAAAUAAUGAUGUGUAUGGUCAUUUACCGAAGUCAAAUUGGACUAGUCCCCUGGAAUCAUUGGCCCUCAGCUCCACGAGUUUCUCUGGAGAAUUGCCUGAUUCAAUUGGCAAUCUUAGCUCUUUAUUGGUGUUAGAGCUCAGUGGCUGUCAUUUCACAGGGUCAAUUCCAGCUUCUAUUGGCAGCCUCCAGCAACUCAUGAAGCUGGAUCUUUCAAACAACAACUGGACAGGGAAAAUUCCGGAUGUUUUUGAAAAGCUUAAGGACAUCAACCAUCUGUCUGUUUCAAAUAGUAACUUCAGUGGUAUGUUGCCAUCGUCUAUCUUUAAUCUCACUAAACUUUACUGGUUGGAUUUGUCGCAAAAUAAUCUGGAGGGUAGUAUAUCUAAUCAAUUGUGUGGAUUUUCCAAGCUAAUUAAGCUGGACUUGUCUUAUAACUUGCUUAGUGGCAUAAUCCCAUCUUGUGUUUAUGGUCUUCCAUCACUGGUGUGGUUCUCCCUUAGUUUUAAUCAACCUAGAAAUAGUCUUGGAGAGCAAUAAGAUAUAUGGUCCGAUCCAAUCAAGAUAUAUGGUCCGAUCCAUCCAUCAGUCUUUGAACUGACGAACCUUACCAAUCUUCAUCUUCCGUCAAAUAACUUAAGUGGCGUGGUGAACUUGAAUAUGUUCUCCAAGCUGAAAAAUCUAUGGGGUCUUGAUCUUUCGAACAACCAUUUUUCUGUCAUCACUAGCAGUAUUAAUAACAGCAGCAACUCAAGUAUGUUGCCUCGGUUUUACAGACUUGCAUUGUCUUCUUGCAAUAUAAGUGAGUUCCCAGAAUUCUUAAAGACUCAAAAUCAAUUGGGAAAUUUGUUUCUUUCUAAUAAUUGGAUUCAAGGCGAACUUCCAAAAUGGGUUUCAGGUAAGGGAAUGCAAUACUUACUAUAUCUAAACCUAUCUCACAACUUAUUGACAAAAGUAAGGUAACUCCCAAGCAAUUUACAAUUUCUUGGCCUCAAUUUUAUACUUCAACAACCUCUUCCUCUUCUACCUCCUUCAAUGUACAUCCUGUUAGUUUCAAAUAAUAAACUGACAGGGGAAAUCUCACCUUCACUUUGCAAUAUCACAACCUUUCAAAUUAUUGACUUGUCCAAUAAUAGCUUGAGUGGCAUGAUUCCACAGUGCUUGGGAAACUUCAGUAGUGAAUUGUUUGUGUUGAAUUUCGGGAUGAACAAUUUCAAAGGCUCCAUUCCGGGAACAUUUGCAGAGGGAAAUAAGCUUCGAAAUCUUAACUUGAAUGGUAAUUAGUUGGAAGGACAGUUACCCCGAAAUUUAGCAAACUGCAAAAUGCUGCAAGUUCUUGAUCCAAGUUUCCCUGAGUGGCUAGCAACUUUCCCAGACCUGCAAGUUUUUGUUUUGCGACCAAACAGAUUCCAUGGCUUGAUAGGUUAUCCUGAAGGGAACAUAUCACCUUUUCCUAAGUUGAGAAUCAUUGACAUCUCAUACAAUGAGUUCUCUAGUCAUUUGCCAACAAAAUAUUUCUCAAGUUUGUAAUCUAUGAAGAAAGCGGAUAAAGUUAAUAAGAAAGCCAACUACAUGGGAGAAAUUUAUUAUUAGGAUUCAGUAGUUGUGACAUUGAAAGGGAUAGAUCUUCCAAUUGAAAGAAUCCUAACUAUUUUUACAGCAAUAGACUUGUCAAGCAAUCGUUUUGGUGGAGCAGUUGUGGAUGUAAUUGGGAAUCUUAGUUCGCUUGUAGUGCUUAAUUUUUCACACAGCCUUACAGGUCAAAUCCCAUCAUCACUAGGGAAUUUGAUGGAACUUAAUCCCAUCAUCACUAGGGAAUUGAAGGAACCUUGA